AUGACGGCUGUUGCUGUCGCCUCGGCUGUUUCCACUGCCGCUGGAUCCGUCGCCGCCUCGUCGCCUCUGCCUCUGCCUCGCCUCCACCUCCGCCUUUACCUCGCCGCCUCGCCUCCGCCUUUACCUUGUCGCCUCGCCGACCCCACCGCCGGGAAACGGGAAGUGGGAGGGGACGCGGGGUGGGGGGAAGGGGAAGAUGGGGAGGGGGUGGGGGUGGGGGAAGGGGGGAGGGGUGGGGGAAGGGAAAACGGGGACGGGGAUGACGCGGGGUGGGAGUGGGGGUAUUGGGAAGGGAAGACGGGGAGGGGGGUGACGCGGGAUGGGGGUGAUGCGGGGUGCGGGGAAGGGAAAACGGGAAAGGGAAAACGGGGAGGGGGGAGGGGGAAGGGGACAAGGGGAGGGGAGGCAGGGAAGGAGAGGGGGAAGGGGUUCAGGGGGGAGGGGGAGGGGGAUGGCGGCGGCAUUGGUGGUGGUGCUGGUGGUGGUGGUGUUGGUGGUGGUGGUGGUAGUGGAGGAAGUAAUUAUGUUGGUAGUGAUGAGUGUACACUCCCCCCUGUUUCUUUCUCAAAGCUCUAUGCGAUUGGACACACUCUUGGAGAAAAGCUCGGAUUAUCACAAGACUUGAAGGUCGGCACCGAAAGUAAUAGCUCGGCGCCGACUCCCAGAGACUGA